AUGGCCAUCAUUGCCACGCUCUUUGGCUAUAUUCCGUUGCUGAUAAGCCCGCCGCUAACCUUCGCAUUCGCUCAACGAACCCUGGAUGCCUCAAGGAUGUUCGUGAGUCUUUCUUUCCUUACGCUUUUGACCAACCCACUUUCGCAGAUCUUUCAAUCGAUCCCCCAACUCGUCUCUGGGCUGGCCUGUUUGGGUCGAAUCCAGGCCUUCUUGGAGUGCGAGACUCGCCAUGAUUUCCGCCAAGUUCUUGCUGAUAUGGAGCAGAAUGCAGAGAAGACCCGGGCAGACACCGCGGCUUCGUCUGAAUCGGAUCUAGACAUGAUGCAUCAUGUUGUCAUCAAGAACGGAAACUUUGGUUGGGAAGCAGGCAAGUUCGUCUUGCGGGACGUAAAUACUCGAGUAUCCCGGUCCUCGCUCACUAUUGUCGUCGGACCUGUUGGCUCUGGGAAAUCUACACUCUGUAAGGCACUCCUUGGAGAGAUUCCUUUCAGUGAAUGCAGCGUAGCUUUAAGCACUAGGUUCUACAUGUUGGAUUUUGUGACCGGACGGCAUUUCUCUCGGAACGGGUCAAUCAGGGACAACAUUGGAGACAGAACGAAUAUCGGGUCUGAUGGGAUUGCCCUAUCUGGGGGUCAGAAACAACGUGUUUCUCUCGCACGAGCUCUGUAUCUGCACUCUGAUAUACUGGUGCUGGAUGAUAUCUUCAGUGGUUUAGACAUGGCCAUGGAGGAGCAAGUCUUCCGGAAAGUCUUUGGGCCAGAUGGUCUACUUAGACGACGACGCUCGACGGUUGUAUUGUGCACCCACAGUGUCAGACACCUGCCCGCCGCGGAUCACAUAAUAGCCCUCGGAGACGGCACUGUUGUUGAGCAAGGUAGCUUUAACGAACUAAUGACCAGGCAAGGGUAUGUUCAACGUCAGGGAUUGAGGAGCUCUUUUGACAGCGACGCUUCGUCCGAGAGAACGAUGCCAAAGCAGAGCGUGCGGGAAUCGACGCUGCAACUGCUCAACACGACGACGACCAACAAAUCAUCCCUUGCACCGGACGCGGAUGCAUCACGGCGAGAGGGGGAUAUAACGGUGUACACGCAUUAUAUCAAGAGCAUGGGAUUGUUCCUAGCGGCAUUUAGUUUGUUCUUCGCUGCUCUUUAGGGUUUCUUUACUAACUUUCCGUCAAUUUGUAAGUCAUCUUUGUCUUCAAUCAAGGGCAAUAGA